GAGCAGGUCGAGCGACUAUCUCCAACGAUGCCGAAGGCGCCAUCAUACGGAGUGCAGACACAUCUAGAAACUUCCUCUCUCGACGAAGCCGCGGUGGCUGCGGAAAGGUUGCGGAGACUCGUAUCAGAAUGUGGGGUGCAACCGCACAAGGUUGAGGAGUUAAUCCGCGACUUACCGCCCAAGAGUUUUGCGGACGACUUAAUUGACUACUAUUUCGAAGAAAUAAACUUCACCAGAUAUCCUAUAUUUGAAUCUGCAUUUCGCACCUCCUAUGAAGCCCUGGUCUCCAAAGCGCACCGUCCUCAUGCUCUCGAUGUAGUAUUCCUCCCCCUUGUCUUUGUGGUGCUUGCCAUUUCUGUCCACCUAGCCCCUGACACUCUCGUAGGGGAUGCCAAACAGAGACGGCUCACCAGCCAAAGGUACUACUGGUCCGCCAGAAGGUCGAUGCUUAUCGCCGCAUCAAUUGGCGAAUCCCUGGAACUUGUCAUAGCCCGGUUACUGGCAGCGCGCUACUUGACGAUAAUACGACGUAUCGUUGAGAGCUGGAAUGUUCUUGGUACUGCUGUUAGAACCGGAAUGUCAUUAGGUCUCCACCGUGAUGGAACCAAGCUCGGCCUAGACCCUUUCCAAACUGAGUACAGGAGGCGUGUGUGGGCUUAUUUGUACCAUGCUGACCGUGCCUAUGCACUUGUGCUCGGGAGACCUCACAGCAUUCAGGAUGACUUCUGUGACACGCUACCUCCCAGCAAUACCGACGAUUCAUUUCUUUCUUCUCAGUCCAUAGUCCUACCCAAAGACCCGCCCCUUAGCCAGCCAACCGUGAUGACGUUCGUCGUCCUUCGCCAUGCUCUUUCUCGAAUCAUAGGCCACAUUGUCUCACACUUUCAGCAAGUCAAGCCGACACAUUACAGCGACGUUCUCGGCCUUGAUGAUGAGCUGCAACGCUUCAUCAGAACGUUACCGCCGCAUUACUCCCUCAAUCCCGAUAAAAGCUUGGACGAGACUCAUCGCUUCAUUCCCGUUCAUCGUUUCUUGAUUGUGUCCGAGGUUUUCUUCAUCAGGAUAUCGCUUCACCGCCCUUACAUGUUGCGAAAGCUAGAUUCCGACCGCUUCGCUUUCUCAAGACGUGCCUGCUUUGACUCCGCUAUAUCCGAUUUUGCGGUGCGCCAGGACUUCAGGCAGCAUGUUCCAGCAAGCGUCAUAAAGCGUGUGCGCGGUGGAUAUCGCGAAUUCCAGUCUGCCAUGAUAGCAGGAAUAUAUCUCGCACUAGAGCCGCAUGGCUCAGAUGCUUCGACCAUGCAUAAGAUUCUGGACACAUUUCUUAGUAACUACGUAUCAGACCCCGAUGAAACCACAAUUCGAGAAUUGAAGAUUAUCGAACUCCUCAAAAACAAAUCCCUUUCAGUGGCCGCUGGAGGCCCAAUUCAAUCACCGGUGCCCCGGAAAGCGACGCCCCUGCCAUCAGAGAAAGGCGCCACUUCAGGCUCGGGCUCUUGGCCUACUGCUCCCCAAACCCCAACGAGUGUAGCCACUUCGACGACAGUAGGUCAUGACGGCCCUCCAGAGGCCAGUAUACUACUCGAGCUCGGACAACCCCGUCAAAGCCUCACAAAUAGUCCCGAUACGAGGACUAUGGCUAUGACACCAGCCUCACUGGCUCAAGCUGCUUCAGCGACAUCUCCUCGAUCCUCCUGGCCUCCACGUCCGACCACUGCUGUGCGAAUCAGCAGCCAGACGGAGGCGUCUUUCAGAUAUACCACUGCUCCUGAUAUAUCGAACGGCAGCCCCCUCGACGAAGAGGAAUCGGCACAGAGAUUGCUUGACCAUUGGGUCAAUAAUGCACAGGUGGAUUCUGUUGGCGGGGGAUCGUUUGGGAUAGGGAGCUUUGACGUCAGCAAUAUUCUCCCCAGUGCAUGGUCCACCACUAGAGAUAUUGAUGGUGAUGGGUCUCUCGGCCCAUUUUCGCAAUCGGACUCUCUCGACGCGUCCGGCGCAUCUCCUAGUGGGAUUGGCGAUGCUCACGCAGAUUAUAGCUAUUGGGAGAAUCUAGUGGAACAUAUUAGGGCCUCGGGAGGGAUAUCGUGAUUGAAAGCAUCCCUGUUCUGUGCAAAUCGAUGCUAGCACAUUUACCUGUGAGUUGUUUUAGCCUGAUUUUAUGUACUUUUAGUUGGUUGUGUCGUGUAUUGGUACGAGCUCGAAGGGCUGGAUUCCUUAUGAUCGGUUUCGGGGACAUGAACAAGAGACUUCGAAAGUGCUAGCAACCACGAAGGGCCCCAGCAGUCUACUCCAAUAGAGGCUACCUCAACAGCUUCACUCAGGUUCCUCAACGGACUUCCGUUGAUCAUGAAUACAAGACCGUCAAAUGGACGAAAAACAUGAUCCGUGGAGAGAGCUAUCCAGUGCCUCAUAUAGUAGAUGGGCAGCUGAUUGGGCCUUCGGAAAGAAAAGGAGCCGUGGGAUGGAGUACGGGCGUCAGCAUAGUAGCCUCGAGCGGAAAAGAUACCUGUGUUUGUUCUACUUAUUCGUGAAUCCCGCAAACAGUU